UGCCCCAGAGAGCUGUUCAGAGUGGGCCACCCGCAGUCAUGAAUCCAGAAGAGCGAGUCGUCACAUGGCUUAUCUCCUUGGGGGUUCUUGAUUCCCCCAAGAAGACCAUAGGUGAUCCAGAGGAGUUCCUGAAGUCCUCGCUGAAAAAUGGGGUAGUGCUCUGUAAACUGAUCAACAGACUUCGGCCUGGUUCUGUGGAAAAGUACUGCCCAGAGCCCCAGUGUGAAGCUGAUUGCAUCGCAAACCUCACUGACUUCCUGAAAGGAUGCUCAAGCCUGCAGGUGGAGGUGUUUGAUCCUCAUGACCUCUAUUCAGGGGCCAAUUUCUCCAAGGUUCUGAGCACUCUCUUAGCUGUCAACAAAGCCACAGAAGAUCAGCUUUCAGAGAGACCAUGUGCACAGUCCUCUUCUCUUAGUGCUGCUCCUACAGCUCACAGCAGCCCCCAGGGAGCCAUUUCCAGUCCAGCUCCGGGGCCGCCCAGGCACUCAAAGGCAGGGGAGAUGACGGAAAAUGGAAGUCAUCAGCUGAUUGUCAAGGCAAGAUUCAAUUUUAAGCAGACAAAUGAAGAUGAACUGUCAGUCUGUAAAGGAGACAUCAUUUAUGUCACCAGAGUUGAAGAAGGAGGCUGGUGGGAAGGCACAUUGAAUGGGCGAACAGGCUGGUUCCCGAGUAAUUAUGUUCGAGAGAUUAAAUCCAGUGAGAGACCACUCUCCCCAAAGGCUGUCAAAGGAUUUGAAGCUACCCCACUUACCAAGAAUUACUAUUCUGUGGUGUUACAGAACAUCUUGGACACUGAAAAAGAAUAUGCUAAAGAACUUCAUUCAAUUCUUGUGACUUACUUAAGACCCCUGCAAAACAAUAGCAAUUUUAACUCCGUGGAAUUUGCAGCUUUACUGGGAAACUUCGAGGAAGUAUCUACCUUUCAACAGACUCUCUGCCAAGCUUUGGAAGAAUGUGCAAAGUUUCCCGAGAACCAACACAAAGUUGGAGGCUGUCUGCUGAACCUGUUGCCUCAUUUUAAGUCCAUGUAUAUGGCUUACUGCAACAACCAUCCCGCAGCUGCACAUGUACUCACUCAGCACAGUGAUGAUCUGGAACGAUUUAUGGAAAAUCAAGGUGCUGCGAGCCCAAGCAUCCUGCUUUUAACAACCAGCCUUAGCAAACCAUUCAUGCGCCUGGAAAAGUACGUUACCCUCUUACAGGAGCUGGAAAGACACAUGGAGGAAACGCAUCCAGAUCAUCAAGAUAUUCUGAAAGCAGUCGUAGCUUUCAAAAAUCUCAUGGGAGAGUGCCAAGAUCUGAGAAAACGAAAACAGCUGGAGUUACAGAUCCUGUCAGAUCCAAUCCAGGCCUGGGAAGGGGAGGAUAUUAAGACCUUGGGAAAUGUCAUCUUUAUGUCACAAGUCUUGGUGGAGCAUGGAGCAAAUGAGGAAAAAGAGGAGCGGUACCUUAUGUUAUUUUCAACUCUCUUGGUAAUGUUAUCCGCAAGUCCUCGGAUGAGUGGCUUUAUCUACCAGGGAAAAAUUCCAAUCACAGGAAUGGUGGUGACUAGAUUAGAUGAAAUUGAAGGGAAUGACUUCACAUUUGAAAUCACAGGUAAUUUAAUGGAGAGACUCGUGGUCCAUUGCAACAACAGCCAGGAUUUUCAGGAAUGGUUGGAGCAACUGCAAAGACUUAUCAGAGGACUGCCCUCUAGUUCAUUAACUAAGUCAUCAUCAUCAUCCUGUAGUACUCAUUCAUCUUUUAGCUCCACUGGACAGCCCCGAGGACCCUUGGAGCCUCCUCAAAUUAUAAAACCAUGGAGUUUGAGUUGUCUGCGACCUGCUCCUCCACUUAGACCAUCAGCAGCUCUAGGUUAUAAAGAGAGGAUGUCUUAUAUCUUGAAGGAGUCUAGUAAGAGCCCCAAAACAAUGAAGAAAUUUCUCCACAAACGAAAGACUGAAAGAAAGCCAUCAGAAGAGGAAUAUGUGAUCCGGAAAAGUACUGCUGCCUUGGAGGAAGACGCUCAGAUUCUUAAAGUCAUCGAAGCCUACUGUACCAGUGCAAAUCUGCAACCAGGCCAUAGUUCAACUACCCGAAAAGAUUCAAUUCCACAAGUGUUACUCCCUGAGGAAGAAAAACUCAUCAUUGAAGAAACCAGAAACAAUGGCCAGACCAUCAUUGAAGAAAAGAGCCUUGUUGAUACUGUUUACGCCUUGAAGGACGAGGUCAAAGAAUUAAAACAGGAGAAUAAGAGGAUGAAGCAAUGCCUGGAAGAAGAAUUGAAAUCAAGAAAGGACCUAGAAAAACUGGUUCGGAGGCUGUUGAAGCAAACUGAUGAGAGUGUUAGGUCUGAAUCUGGUAGCAAGAGCUCCAAUAUACCUUAACCAUCACUGUGCUCCUUAGCGUUGUCAGGUCAUAAUGAAAUGUCCAGCAGAUUGA